AAAAGAUUAGAUCCCAAGACUUAUCUUUGGAUAAUAUUUCGCAAUCUAAUAAAAAUAAAAUACAGAAAUUCAUGUUAGAAAUUUCUGAAAACUCUAAUUUGCAGUUACAAUAUACUGGUUCUAUUAUCAAUGGUAAUGUAGAUAGUGACGUGACUCCAACCUUGAAUGAAACAGAAUCUCAACCCAGCAAUGAUAACUUUACACUUUUAUAUGAAAAACUUUGUGAUGUUAUAAUUCUUGCUGAUCAUAAAACUCAAGAAGCUAUUUUGUGUUACUGCUUAUUUGGAAAAGCUCUUAUGCAAAGAUGUAAUGAAAGAGCAUCAUAA